GCUGAGCAUUUUGUCCCUCGUCAGAAGCCGUACUUUGUGGAACUACGUCAUCAUCCCGCGACAACCCACGUGUUCACACAGUUCACAGCUGAUGAGGAGCCUUCGCGGUAGUUUCUGAUCAGGUUUUCCACUCCGUCUCUCCAUCUUCAUCCUUCAUCCCUCCUCGUCUUCCUCCAUCAGCCAUGAGCGACAGCAGCGACGACGAUGGCUUCCACACGCUGUCGGCUCAAACUCUGGCCGCCCUGCAGGAGUUUUACGACGAGACCAGCAGCGCCGCCACGGAACCAGCAGACCCGCUCGCUGUGGGAGCGAUGGAGGAGGACUGGCGGUUGAGUCAGUUCUGGUACAGCGACGAGACGGCGACUCGGUUAGCGGAGGAGGCCGUACGUGAAGCCGGAGAAGGAGGAAGGAUAGCGUGUGUGAGCGCGCCCAGCGUGUACCAGAAGUUGAAGCAGGGUGUGGUGGACGGCUCCGAUCGGGUGUCUGUUGCCGUGUUGGAGUUCGACCGCCGCUUCGCCGCCUACGGCGAGGACUUCAUCUUCUACGACUACAACGAGCCGCUGUCUGUCGAGGCCAGCGUCGCGGCUCAGAGCUUCGACAUUGUCAUCGCAGACCCGCCGUACCUGUCCGAGGAAUGUCUGAGCGAAGUGGCCAAAACCGUGAAGUACCUGAGCAAAGGCAAAGUGCUGCUGUGUACAGGACUCACCAUGGCGGAACUCGCUAAAGACCUUCUGGAUGUAAAGAUGUGCAGCUUCAGGCCAACACACAACAGAAACUUGUCCAACGAGUUUCGCUGUUACGUCAACUAUCCGUCUCGCCUGCUGUCCUGAACCUCCGUCUGAUCAACUCUUUGACUGCUGAGAGCAACUUAAACUGCACUUGGACUUGUGACUAAAAAGUCUCAUGACUCAAAGUCAGAACAAAUAUCUUGGUAACCAGAGGCCUGUACUACGAAGCCAGUUCAACAUACCCAGGGUCUCUUCUCGUUAUCUGGUUUAACUAACCCUAACAACCGAGAUCUCGCUAAGCGGUCCUUCGGCGGUGGUUAAAUCAACCCGGGGUUUCUCUAUCUGGCUGUGAGCGCGUUCACGUAAAAGGGGCGGGGUUUGCAGCGUACGACCAAUCGCAAACAUGGACGAGUCUACUGUCAGCGGAGCCAAGAGCAAACUCUAAUAUUAGAUCAUUAUUUUAUAUGUAAGGCAACAUCAUGCUUAACUUAAACAUCACUUUCCUAACUUUCUAAAUUAAAUGCAUAGAUAUAAAUUUAGCUAAUUGUCAUUUAUUAUUAAAAUAAUAAAUCGUACGUCAGCAACUUGCAGCAACAUAUUGGUCAAAACAGGAAUUAAACUGAAUAGAUUCGGCCCCAUGAUACCCGAUCCAGCUAUUUGAGUCAGUAUUGGCCUGAUAUCCGAUCUGGUAUCGGUAUCGGUGCAUCCCUAAUAAGUUACCAUGGUGAUCUACGUCGUAGGUCUGAAACCCUUGAAGGGUUAAACCUGAAUUUACUUAGCUAACCCCAAAUCCUGCUUCGUAGUACAGACCUCUGCUGUCUUUCUACAAAAACAAUUAUGCUAUUAAUAUAGCAGCAAACAACUAUUGUCUAUGUAAAGAUAUAGAGGAGUAAGGUCUACCUGAGCAGAGAAUGAAGUCCCUCUGUGUGUGUUGUAAUCUGAGCUUCUCUGUGCUUUGUUGACAUGAGGGGCAGGCCGGCCGUGCAUGCUUUUAGUGCAUGUGAGCGUGCUCCACUGACUAGCGCACUGCUGUCAUACGGCGAUUACAGCUGAUAGCGCCGUCGUCGCGGAAGCGUAGCACCCUCCCCAGGUACACACCGUUGUGUCGCUGUUUGCAUCGUUAGCUGCGAGCCGUCGCCAUGUUGAGAGCCGCGUGGAGGCAAUCCCUCAGCUUCUCCAAUGUGUAUUGUUUUUUAAAUGAUAUAUUUUUGGGUUCUAGGAAAUUUUUCUGACAUUUUAUACACUGGUAACAAGGGUCUAAAUUAAGUAUUUCUUUUGGUCUGCCACUCAGAAAUUAAUUUUUUUAUUAAAAUUGGUUGGGACUGUUGAGAUGGGAAAUUAAGUUAAUAUAAAAGAAGAAAAAGGGAAACUUAAGGUAUACUUUUCUAACUGUUUGAAUGCAAACCUUAUUUUAUUUGAAAUGAGAAAGGAACAUUUAUUAGGCUACUUAUUGAUAGUCCCUCCAGUUCAAUGUGAAAACUGACAAUAAAUAUUGUUGAAAUAUUA